UUGAGUUUCCCUCGUUUUUUUCAACACAACAACAAAUUUUUAACUCGAAUCGAUUUCAGCAGUUUUCUCUCGCUACUCGGACUCGAUUUUUAUUCCUGCUCGUCAUUUAAUUUGUGAGUUUUCCAGAUAAUUGUUGUCUUGUUUUUUUCUGUUUUAAUUUUAUGUUUGAAAACGUUCGUGAAAACGUGACCAAUUUUUGACCUGUCGCAACGUUUGCCACCACGUAUUUUACUUUUUCAAAAUGCUACCAAACUACCAAGAAAUGUGAGAGAUCAAACUACUAUUUGUCUUUCGAAGUGUUUAGUUUAUUUAUUUAUCAUCAUCUUCCUUUAAAAAAGUUAAACGAAAUAGAUCUAAAGAUAACCAUACUAACCCCACGUUUUUGUUGUUUUUGUGUAUGUUUCGUUCUUUAUCAAUGCAAAAUAAUCGAUUUCCGUUCUUGUUUUUGUUACGCUUUUCAAAACUUUAGAUAAUAAUAUUAAUGUGGAAAUUGAUGUUUUUGCAGUAUGCGAGCAAUCAAUUCAUUUUUUGGAAUUCGCAGAAGCUUAGCUUUAUCUUCAUCAGUCAUGUCAGGUGGAAAGGUUGGCUUCAAACUUGUCUCUAAUAUUUUUUGAACCCAAAUAUUCUCUAGGUUUUGACUACAUCAAACAUAAAUCCAAAUGUCAUCACAAUGCAAUAUGCAGUUCGUGGUCCAAUCGUUAUCCGUGCGGUUGAACUUGAGAAAGAGUUGGCAAAUGGAGCCAAAAAACCAUUUCCAAAUGUGAUCAAAGCAAAUAUUGGAGAUGCUCAUGCAAUGGGACAAAAACCAAUCACUUAUAUUCGUCAACUUCUCGCCUGCAUCGCAAAUCCAGUAAUCAUGGAAACUGACAAAUCAAUCCCAUCUGAUGUUAUUGAAAAUGCUAAAACUUUUUUGGGAAGUUGUGGAGGACAGUCUGCUGGAGCAUACAGUCAAAGUACUGGAGUUGAAGUUGUUAGAAAACACGUUGCUGAAUAUAUCACCAAACGAGAUGGUGGAAUUCCAACUAAUUCAGAAGAUAUUUGUUUGUCUGGUGGAGCUUCCGAAUCGAUUCGAAAUGUUUUGAAGUUGUUCAUCAAUAAAAAUGAUGCGAAAAAAGUUGGAGUUAUGAUUCCAAUUCCACAAUAUCCAUUGUAUUCAGCAACUCUUGAAGAAUUUGGAUUAGGUCAGGUUGGAUAUUAUUUGAAUGAAUCAUCGAAUUGGUCAUUGGAUGAAGCUGAAUUAGAAAGAUCUUUGAAAGAAAGCAGCGAAAAAUAUGAUGUUCGUGUUCUUUGUGUAAUUAAUCCUGGAAAUCCAACUGGUCAAGUUCUUUCACGCGAAAAUAUUGAAACUAUUGUACGAUUCGCUCAAAAGCACAAUCUUUUCUUGUUGGCUGAUGAGGUUUAUCAAGACAACGUGUAUGCUCAAGGAUCUCAAUUCCAUUCUUUCAAAAAAGUUGUCACUGAAAUGGGAGCUCCAUAUGAUAAGUGAGUUUUUUCUGAAAUAAAUGAAUAGAAUUUGUUUUUAUAGAAUCGAACUUGCCUCAUUCCACUCUGUAUCAAAAGGAUACAUGGGAGAAUGUGGAAUGCGUGGAGGAUAUGUGGAAUUCCUCAACUUGGAUUCCGAAGUUUAUGUAUUGUUCAAGAAAAUGAUCUCAGCUAAACUGUGUUCAACAGUUCUUGGACAAGCUGUUAUUGAUGCUGUUGUCAAUCCACCAAAAGAAGGCCAACCAUCAUAUGCAUUAUGGAAAAAAGAAAGAGAUGCAGUUUUGGCAUCGUUGAAAGAACGUGCAACACUUGUUGAAAAGGCUUAUAGUAGCAUUGAUGGAAUUAGCUGUAACCCAGUUCAAGGAGCCAUGUAUGCUUUCCCUUCUGUUCAAAUUCCAGCAAAAGCUGUUGAGAAAGCUAGAGUAAGUUUUUUCCUAUAAUAUUAUUUCUCCCUUCCAAUCAAUCAUUUCUUCAGUCACUCAACCAAGAACCCGACUUUUUCUAUGCAAUGCAACUUUUGGAAACCACUGGAAUCUGUAUUGUACCAGGAAGCGGAUUUGGACAAAAAGAUGGAACUUAUCACUUCAGGUAUUUUUUUGGGAUCAAUAAGUUGUUAGCCUAUAGGAAACAUAUUCUGAAAAAGAAUUUCCCUAUUGUUUUCCAGAACCACAAUUCUUCCACAAUCUGAUUUGUUCAAAGAUAUGUUGACCAGAUUUACCAAAUUCCACAACGAUUUUCUUGCUGAAUACAAAUAG